AUGGUGGUCAUUGAUGAGUUGCCAUUUAGAUUUGUGGAGGGUGUUGGGUUUAGAAGAUUUUGUAAUGUCAUGCAACCCAAAUUCACACCAAUUCCCUCUCGUCAAACCAUAUCUAGAGAAGUGCUCAACAUAUUCAAGAAUGAUAGGGAUAAGUUAAAGAAGGCCAUGAAGGGUCGUAGAAUUUGCUUUACUACGGAUACUUGGACAUCUAUUCAGAAUUUGUGUUACAUGUUUGAUAAUGCUAGUUCUAAUAAUCUUACCAUUCAAUAUUUGAAAACGAUAACCAAAGAUUGGAAGGGGACUAUUUUGCAACAUGAGUUUAUUCAUAUGCGUUGUUGUGCACAUAUUCUUAAUCUUGUUGUGAGUGAUGGGUUGAAAGAAAUGGAUGAUUCUAUUGCCAACAUUAGACUUGCGGUGAGAUAUGUGAGGUCUUCUCCUCAUAGGCAUGAUGUUUUUAAGAAGUGUGCGGCCACACUCAAACUUGAUUCAAAAGCUCUUGUAUGCCUAGAUGUACCAACUAGGUGGAACUCUACCUAUUUGAUGUUAGAGGCCGCCGAAAAGUAUGAGAAGGCUUUUAACCGAUUGAAGUUUGUGGAUUCCAACUUUGAACCUUAUUUCAUGGAUGUUGAUGGUGGCAUAAGAAGAAGUCCGAAUGAAUUGGAUCGGAAAAAGUGUAGAAUUUUUUUGAGGUUUCUAAAAUUAUUUCAUGUUGCAACUAAGAAAUUUUUGAGGUCUCUCUUUGUUACUUCCAAUGCUUUUUACAAAGAGAUGUUUGUUAUUCAAAGCAAAAUUAACUAA